ACUUGCGGUGUAAAAGUUUUUGAUUUACUAUUUUAGGAGAACAUACUCAAUAACAAUUACUUCCUGAAGAGAGUAGAUGCUGAUGACGGAUCAAUUUUCUCGGAGGACCUUACCGACCUCUUGCCGCAGAAUCUGCAGCAAAUGAAUAGCGCCACAUCGGUUUCUUUGGAGGAACCGCUUCCCGUCUACUUAAUCAUUCUUCUAAUUGUGGUAGGGAUUCUUGUCGGAAUACUUGGCACCUGUUCCGUACUAGUUUUUAUUGAUUACAAAAACAAUCCGAAGUUUGACACGUCUGGGGUGGUGACAUAUAAGCGCAGACGUAACUUUGAAAAACUCUAUGUGGACCCAAAACAAAGGGAAAGAACUCGUAUUGUUCCAGCUCCAUCUCGUACUCCGCUGCCGGUACCCGGUCGCAGCUCCCGCAUAAGCCGCGAAAGCGAAUUGCUGCGGUCCUCGCGUGAGGCCACUGAAAGUUUUCGAAUGGAGCGCAAAAAUUCCUACUGA